CUAAAGCAAUGCAUGAAUCAGUUCUUUCACCACCUCCUUUUCUUUAUUCAUCUCCUGUCAUCAAAAGCGAGAACAGGAUCAGCCACAGCCUUCUUCUCUUCAUCGUCAUCUUGGCCAUCGUCUUCUUUGUCUCUGGCAUCUUCCACCUGCUGGUGAGGUGCUUCCUCAUGAGACCCAUUGCCCGGGAGCCGGAGGAGCACAUCGACGGCGUCACGGCCUUGCAGGGCCAGCUCCGGCAGCUGUUCCACCUCCAUGACGCGGGGGUGGAUCAGUCGUUCAUCGACAUGCUGCCGGUCUUCCUGUACAAGGGCAUCGUGGGGAUCAAGGAUCCCUUUGACUGCGCAGUUUGCCUGUGCGAGUUCGGGCCCGAGGACAAGCUCAGGCUGCUCCCUAAGUGCAGCCAUGCCUUCCACCUCGAGUGCAUAGACACAUGGCUCUUGUCCCACUCCACCUGCCCUCUCUGCCGGAGCAGCCUCCUCAACGGCUGCUGCUCCCCUCGAAGCCCCAUAGUUCUUGUUCUUGAUUCAGCCAGUGAGGCAGCUUCAGGCAGGAGAGAAUCGGUGCUAGUUGACGGGGGCGAUGAUGAUGAUGAUGAUGAUGAUGAGCCCAGUGCCUUUGGGGAGGCUGCAGCAAAGGAACCGGUGGCUGUCACGGUGGCCGUCAAGCUCGGCAAAUUUAAGAGUACUGAAGCAGAAGGUCAAGAAGCCACAAGCAGCACUGCUAACGCUAGUAAUUCAAGUCAGAGGAGGUGCUUCUCAAUGGGGUCUUAUGAGUAUGUGAUGGAAGACGACACAAUGCUUUGGGUGCCCAUUGAACCUCCAAAGAAGCCUUAUGUCAAGAAGUCCGGCCACCGAAUCGCGAUGUCCGAAUGUGAUUGUCAUUCAAGAAGGGAGGGGUUUCGAGGACUCGAUCGAGCCAUAGCACCGCAAGACGGCAAUGUUAGUGCCAUUACCGGUGGUGGUUUACAUUUGAAAGAGAGCUUCUCAGCUUCCAAGAUUUGGCUUCAGGCCAAGGAGAAAAGUGACACUUCCAGGAGGGCGAUCUCUUUCCGUUUACCAUUAAAUUGGGCAAUGACCAAUCGGUUGAAGCUCAAAGACAAUGCCAGCCCCGCUGCCACGGCCGCUUCCGAGUUCAAUGUCUCGCCGUGGGGGAAGAAUUCAAGCGAGGUGGAUUUGGAUAUCGAAGUAGGAAGCUCCAGCUACAGUGUAGGAUCUCGAGUCGAUGAGGCACGUUCCUUCACAAGGACAUUGUUUUGGCUAGUAGGAAGGCAGAACAGAGCGGGAAAUCAUCUCUGAUAUGGAUGCUGUUGCUAUCUUAGCAUUCAUUCAUUCAUUCAUCCAAGGAGAUGAGCAUGAUACACCUUCAAAAUUUCCCACCCUCAUCAAAGUUCUUCAAGAGAGAUGGAUUUUCCAUAUCUCAGAGAAGGCUGUAGCUGAUAAUAUGUAUCAGGAAGUAAACAUAGCGUCUGUUUGUCGUGAGGAAAAAAUCAUUAGAAAGGAGUAGCAAACCAAACUAAAAAUUCUCAGAGAAGAAAUCAGAAUAACCUGUCUUGUUAUAUCAAAAUGUAGCUUUCAUUCACUUGAACUACCUUUCCAACCAUUCAAAGAGAUUACGAA